AUGAAACGAUAUUUUGAGUACUUGCAAGCAUAUUCAAAAUUAUAUUACAAUGAUUUUAUGAAAAUCGUAUUAUCAUCAUAUACUACUAGAAAAUUAAAUGUUAAAAAAGAAUUGGAUUUCAUCUUUAGUCAUCUAACUAUUCAACUAGAAGGAUCGAUUAUUCAUGGCAAACUUGAUCAAUGCCUUUUCAUACAAGCAAUUAAUUUGUUAUUACAGAAGAUUUAUGAUGAGGAGGAAUAUGAGCAAGAUCUUGAUAUUCUUUUGUCUCUGUAUUCAGUUGAACCUUUUUUGAAACAUGGAGAUCUGGCAUUGCAACAAUUAUCCUCGUUGCAACAAAUAACUUCUAUAGCAUUUCUAAAGGAAUUCGUACAUAAAUUUUGGGAGAAUUAUAUGCAAAAAAACAAUUCUUUAUCUAGAUCAUUAGUCAAAGAGAUCAAUGAUUGCAUGAAAAACAAUCAAUCAUUUAUCCAGUCUUUGAAAUCCUAUUUUUUAAUAGGCAUAAAGCAAUCCGACCAAUUAAAAAAUGUAUUCCCGUGGAUUGAAAAUGAUACCGAUAAUGAAACAACUUACCUUCCGAGACUCUGGGAAUCUACAAAGAUAGCGAAUUUUGAAGAUUUCUAUUCUUUUUAUGAUUGCAACUUUGUUCAAAGUUUAGAUAAAUAUCCUUUCCUAUCAGUAUACUUUAAUAAUUAUGAGAAAUUAAGACUUAUCAAGCAUCUUUACCCAAUGGUUAGAUUCAUAAAGAUUUUAAAUACAAACCUUGAGUAUGGUUUAACUAGAAAAAAGGCUCUAACCAUGACAUUUAAUAAGUUUAUCAAGAUCUUCGCAAAUGAAGAUAUCAGGAAGGAAGAUUAUUUAAAAGAGAUAUUCAACAAAUUUGCUUUAGGUUGGAAUUCCGUCAUCAGUUAUGUUAGUCAUUAUCGAUCCAAAGAAUUACCCAAAUGGCCAAAAAAUUCCAAUCUGAGCUUGUAUUUCUUGGAUUUUAGUCUGGGUUUAUGGGAUAAUGACAUUAAAGAAGAAGUUGUUAAUCAAUCUUUCCCAACUUGCCUAUUGGCAUCUAAUACAAAUUAUACUUAUGCCUUCAUCGUUAAUGAAAUCAAGAGAAUAAAACCGCAAAUUAAACCGCAAAUUAAACCGGAUAAAAAAAAUUAUGGAAGAAGGCAACGUUCUACACGAUAG